ACACUUACCCAAAAAAAUUAACCCUGGGUUAAAUUUAUCCGACAUUUAUCCCAGAGUUAAAAUAUACCCAGGUUUCGAACAACUGGAUUGUGACAAACUUUAUGGACGGCCCCCUAUUUCGGAGUGCUGUGUGGUCAAUGUUCAAUGGGACUUUCUAUCAAAUUGACCAAUGUAAAAUUUGAUUUAAUUCAUUCGGACCUACUGGUGGGAAAUUUCUUUUAAACUCUGUUCGCUUUCUGUGAAGGUCCUGAAAGGUCGAAUGUGAUGUUAAACAGCUACGCCGAAAAAUAUUUUAAUUUGUUGGUUUCUGCUAUAUUUCAAGGUCUUAUCACCAGCAUCAAUGCAGCGUGGCCGGGAGCUGCACACGAUGCCCAUGUCUUCAGAAGUUCAGCGAUAGGAACAUACUUAGAUCGACAUCACGGAAGUUUGGAAAAUGGUGUUCUUCUUGGGGACAGUGGGUACCCGUGUCGCACGUUCCUGCUGACACCGUACCUAAACGCUGCUAACGCUGUGCAAGAACGGUACAAUGACAGUCACAGCAAGACACGAUGCUGCAUUGAGCGCCUCUUUGGUGUUUGGAAGAGACGCUUUCACAUCCUUCACGCUGAGAUAAGACUGAAACCAGAGAAAUGUAGCAAGGUGAUUUUAGCGUGUGCUGUACUUCACAAUCUUGCCAAACUAUGGGGUGAGCCGGAAGUACUUCCUGAAGACGAACUGCGUUACGUGGAAACCCCGGCAUACAUCGGACACCUGGAUGGUCGUGUCAUACGAGACCAUAUCGCCAACAACUAUUUUGCACGCUGAAAUGUGCACAUGAAUAGAAAGCAAACAAGGAAAAAACAAACAAACAAACUUAAG